AUGGUCAAUUCCGGCAGUUUGUGCAAAGUAACACGCUUUCUGGUAAAGGUAUCCCGAAGUAAACUUACUUUGCUGCCCUUUGUAGUGUUGCCCACGGCUCUUUUUGCGACUUCACAUUUCUACCAGUCUUCCAGGUCGUAUUCUUCAACCAGUAGUGGUCUGUCCAGAAUGUCCCCACAGUUAGUGCCACCAGCAGGGGCCCUGCCACGGUGGGAAUUUCCCUCUGCCAAAAUUGGUGAGGAGGCAACCCGUAUUAUCGAAUCAACAAACAAGUUUUACGAUGAACUUGUUGAAAUUUCCAAUCCAUCAAUUGACAACCUGGUCAAACCGUAUAUGAACCAUGAGAACAGCAUUGGUCUCAUGGUCAAUCAAUUAUGCUUUUUGCAGCAUGUAUCUAGUGAUAAGGAAAUAAGAGAGGCUUCUAAUAAGGCUACUGAACUGUUGCAAAAUUUUGAAAUUGAAACUUCUUUGAGACACGAUCUGUUUCUGCAAUUUGACAAGAUCUGGAAAGAAUUGAAACCAAGAAAGGAGGAGUUUUCGCACGAUGAGGAACAAUUUGAAAUUUACAAGUUUGUGGAAAAAUGCCAUAAGGACUUCGUCCGUGCCGGUUUAAAUCUGUCCGAGGAGGAUAGAAACAAGGUUAAGGAUAUCAAGAUAAAAAUUGCCAGCAAUUCAUUAGAGUUUUCCAAAAAUUUGGGGGAGCAGAAAGAGUUUUUGCUCUUCUCGAAAGAGCAAUUGGACGGUGUCUCCGAUACUGUUAUGGAACAGUUUGAGCAAGUCAAAGAUGAGACCACAAACGAGACAAAUUACAAAGUUACGUUCAAGUACCCUGAUAUUUUCCCCGUUUUGAAAAUGGCCAAGAAUGCAGAGACCAGAAAGACUGCCUUCUGCGGCGACCAAAAUAAAGUUCCCCAAAAUGAAGAAUUGUUCGUUGCCACUUUAAAGUUGAGAGAUGAACUGGCCACUUUAUUGGGCUAUGACACCUACGCCAACUACAACUUGGAAAUCAAGAUGGCCAAGAAGCAGAGCACUGUCUUCAAAUUCUUGAACGAUUUGAAGGAUAAGUUGAAACCGUUGGGUGAAAAGGAAAUUGGAAUCUUGAAGUCUAUCAAAGAGGCAGAAUGUAAGGAAUUGGGCGUACCAUUUGAUGGACGUUACUAUAUUUGGGAUCAUCGUUACUACGAUACCAAGUACCUAAAGGAUAACUUCAAUGUUGACCAUGAGGCAAUUGCUGAAUAUUAUCCGAUCGAUUCGACCAUCGAGGGGAUGUUGAAAAUCUAUGAAACCGUCUUCAAAUUAAAGUUUGUAGAAGAAAAGGACACCGCGAAGAAAAACGUUUGGAACGAAGACGUCAAGCAAAUCGCCGUUUGGAAGAUGGACAAUGUGAAAACUCCGGUCUUUGUUGGGUGGAUAUACUUCGACUUGCAUCCAAGGGAUGGAAAAUACGGACAUGCGGCCAACUUCGGCAUUGCGUCCUCUUACAUUAGGGAGGAUGGCAGCAGAUCAUACCCUGUAACCGCCUUGGUUUGCAACUUUUCAAAAUCGUCGGCAACAAAACCUUCGCUGCUGAAACAUAACGAGAUUACCACUUUCUUCCAUGAGUUAGGUCAUGGUAUUCAUGACCUUGUUGGGAAGAACAGGGCCGCCAGAUUUAAUGGGCCUGGAGCUACGCCAUGGGAUUUCGUGGAGGCUCCAUCCCAGAUGCUCGAGUUUUACACUUGGGAUAAAAAUGCGUUGCAGUCCUUGUCGAAACAUUAUAAGACCGGUGAGCAGAUUCCAGAAAAGCUGUUAGAUUCGCUGAUUGCCACAAAGCAUGUCAAUGGUGCUCUGUUUGCACUAAGACAACUACACUUCGGAUUGUUUGAUAUGACCGUCCACACAAGCAAAGAUGUCGCAAGCCUAGAUUUGUUGAAGCUGUGGGGAGACCUGAGACAGGAAAUCAGUUUAGUUGAGAAUGGUGGUCAGUACACGAAGGGGUACGACUCGUUUGGACAUAUCAUGUCCGAUUCCUACUCUGCUGGUUAUUACGGGUACAUGUGGGCUGAGGUGUUUGCAACCGAUAUGUACCGUACCAAGUUUGCCCCAAAUCCUUUAGAUUCGAGUGUAGGUAUGAAAUACAGGGAUAUUGUGCUAGCUAACGGAGGACUGUAUGAGAUUGACGACAAUCUGAAGGAAUUCUUGGGUAGAGAGCCUUCCAAGGAUGCUUUCCUAAAAGAGCUGGGCUUGCAAGCCUAG